AUGCCCUACAUCAGUGUCAUGUUUGUGGGUGUGUUUGCAGGACUUCAGCUGGGGAAAAUGGGGAUGGAAAAAGAAAGGCUUUGGGGAGCUGAAAACCCUGACUUCCUACCUGCACAGGUCAGAGAUGAACUUUUGUUCAGCGGCAAGGUUGCACCUAUUCCGACUUACAGCUGGACGCCAUUCGUGCGCGAUGAAGACCGGAAUCUCAGUCAACAUCCAUGGUAUCAACCUCAUGGUGACCAACAGGAGGAAUUCUUCAUGACCAAGAUCGGGCAAGGCCAAGGUUUCCUAAUCACAAAAGAGGAUGUUGAGAAAUUGGGUAAAGAUCCGUCGAAACUCGUCCGGAUCCCCGAUGAUUGGGGAUACGGCGACAAGGUUUACCCGGCCUCGUUUGAUAUUUCCCACCAGCUUCACUGCAUACAUUCCUUGCAAAGGGCCAUUCACCAGAAGCCCCAUAAUGCAACACACUUACUGGACGUCAUCGAUACCCAGCACACUGAUCACUGCCUCUGGUCUAUGUAUGACUACAUGAGAUGCCACGGCAGUUUAGACGUCAUGAACCUCAAGUGGGUCGAGGGUGUUCCGAAGCCCGUACAAGAUUUGACUCUUCAACGUCAAUGUAUAGACGUACAGGCAAUUCUUGAUUUUCAGGAAAACCAUGAUUUUGGCCAUGAUGCGCGAAUCCGCUAUAUGGUAGCGACCGAAGAUGACUACAUACACCCAGUAUCGCCUAUGCGGAAGAAGGUCAGAGAUGCCAAUCUGGCGAGGCAGCGUAAGCUGCUCAAGGGCAAGGACUGGCUCACUGAAAGGAAGAAGCGCUUCGACCGAGCCAUGGAGGAGUGGAGAGAGACGGGAAGUAUCCCCCAAACAGACGCCAACGUAAUCUGGACCGGACCCGGAAGCUUACAUUAUUGGCAUGAUGAUGAGGAGUAG